AUGAAAGGAGAAAAAAGAGAUGGUGUUUUGCUCCUUUUGUGUUGUAAUUCUACCUCUUUUCCCACCGAAAACAAUCAACAGAUCAGUGGUGAUUUUACCAUUUCACAACUUGUUGACUGUGCAAGAAUUGCCGGAUUUUCAUGCAAUUACUCUGCUUUAAUUGCAGCCUACAAACUUGUUAGUUUACCUUUUGCUCCAGCUUACUGGUCUUUGGCAUCACUCAGAUUACACACAAAAUUGUACUUCAUAUGUCCCGAAUUAUCUAAUGUUGAUUAUGCUGGUAUUAUUAAAAUGACGGUUGAAUAUAUGGCUUUCUUUGCGAUUAAUGAGACUACGGUUCAACUUCAAUCCCAAAGUCAUCUUUCGAAUUGUGUUUGGUGUUGCUAUCCAUUAAGUAUGGAGAUUCCUAACAAUAAUAUUGGGACAGUGAAUAUCUUUGUUUUUGUGCUACAUUUGUAG